AUGUCUCCGCUGACCAAUGUCGCUGCAACAGAACAGUUAGGUUCGAAUGGGCAGACUGUAUCUCAUUUGGUGCCACGUUCUCAACAUGAGGCCUCCGCAUCUGCCAGUGGGCAACCGAGGACUGUUACGCGCCGAUAUGCAAAAUCGCUGACAGCGCAAGAUGUGUACAACCUCGCAAUAGAUCCAGCGCUGGUACCGACGCCACUCAUCAUUCGGAAACGGACUCGGAAUACAUCAGCUCUCCCGGCCCUUGAGAAUUCUGCAGCUGGCAAAGACGCGGAAUCAAAUGAAUUGCCUCAACAUAGGGCGAUCGUUGAUGUAUCAGCAAGGGACACCCUUCUGGUUGUGGAUGAAGAGAUUCAGUCAUUCUAUUCUCCCAUGCCAGUCUCAACUUUCAACGAAGAGGGGUAUCACGGUGCUAUACUCAACCACACCGACAUAGACGGGAAUGCUGCCUCGGUUGACUGGGAAGAAUGCGGGAAAUGCCUAUCGUUGAUUGAAGCCAAACGAAACGUCUUGCAAGACAAUCCACGUGAGGGAGAGGUUCGAGAAUGUUCAGGCGCUGAUAUUGACCAUAAAGAGAAGUAUCAUGACGCCCUUGAGAGACAAGAAGAGAGCAUGAGCAAGAAUUCCGAUGCCCAGCUAUCCAACAGUCACAAAACCACAUCUCCACAGGUUCCGAGCAUUCAAGAACGUCUCCUACUCCCUGUCAUUAAUAUCAUCGUCAGCCCCCCGCCAGAUGUCACUACGAGACCACAGACUUCCGGAUUCAAGAAAGUUUUGUGGAUGAUUCCAAAAAUAAUUGUGUCUUUACUCGCUGGGAGGCUUCUGGGAAUACUCGUGUCAGAGCUGCAAGAAAUUGUGUUUCGGCGUGGGUCUUCCGUAAAGCGAUUCAGUCCACCUCCGUCGACGACAUCUACAAAACCUGCUUGA